AUGGCUUUUAAAGACACCAGGAAGACACCCAUGGAAACAGAGAUAGCAAUUCCCCGAAUUAGAAUUACUCUCACCAGCCGCAAUGUGAAACAUUUGGUAAAGGUAUGUGCUGACCUGAUCAAAGGCACAAAGGAAAAGAAUCUCAAAGUGAAAGGAGCAGUUCAGAUGCCUACCAAGCCUCUGAGAAUCACUACAAGAAAAACUCCUUGUGGUGAAGGUUCUAAGACUUGGGAUUGUUUUCAGAUGAGGAUCCACAAGCAACUUAUUGCUCUGUACACCCCUUCUAAGAUUGUUAAGCAGAUUACUUCCAUCAGUACUGAUCCAGGAGUCAGGGUUCCAACACAUAGUACUGGAAGUCCUAGGCAGAGCAAUUAA